AUGAAGCGUAAACUUGCUGGGCCGUGGCAAACGAGCAUCAUCCUCAAACUCAUGGGAAGACCUCUCAGAUAUCAGGCACUCCAAACCAGGUUAGCGAGUAUUUGGCGACCCUCAGGUAUGACUCAUUUCAUUGAUAUUGGAUAUGGCUUUUUUAUUAUGCGUUUUGACGAAACAAAGGACUACCAUCAUGCGCUCAUGGAUGGACCAUGGCUUGUGGGCAACCAAUACCUACACGUGCAGGCAUGGGAAGCAAAUUUCCACCCACACAUAGCCAAAAUUUCAACUACGGCAGUUUGGAUCCGUUUGGAACAAUUGCCUAUAGAAUACUAUCAUACCGAGUUUCUCAAACACGUGGGCCAUAAACUAGGAAAACUUCUAAAGGUGGACGCCAUAACUAGUGCCGCCAUUCGAGGGAGAUAUGCUCGGCUAUGUGUCCAACUAAACAUGACUAACCCGCUACCGAAACAAGUUAAAAUUGUCUCCUUUUGGCAAGACAUUGUCUACGAAAACCUUCCCCUGCUUUGCUACCAGUGUGGACGAAUUGGCCACUGUGAAGCUCACUGCUCCGAGGGCCUCACUGAAACUCCAACCAUGACCCCUCUUGAACCUGACCCAUGUGCUGACCAGGGAACAUCAUCACCGACCCAUGAGACAACUCCCUGGAAAACGGUACAAACCCGGCGUGCUAGAGCUCGAAGGCCACCUUCUGAGACUUCUCCACGUGGUAUGCAGCACCAACGUGAUGCGCAUACCCCAGUAAAACCACGUGUCCCACCCACUUCACCUCAGGUCCAUGUGCUGCGCAAUCCGUAUGUUGGUUUAGCGAAGGGACAGCCACUUGAUGGCUUGACGCAGCCAGUUGGAUUUCACUGA